AUGGCGGAUGCCGAGUCCCAAACGAACCCAAGAGUCGUGUGCUGCGUGGGCGACAUCCAUGGCUACCUCACCAAACUGCAACACCUGUGGUGCAACCUAGAGAAAGCCGUCGGCCCGUCCGAUUUCCAAACGGCCCUCAUAAUCUUCCUGGGCGAUUACUGCGAUCGGGGGCCCGACACCAGGAAAGUGAUCGAUUUCCUCAUCUCCCUGCCCACGCGAUACCCUAAUCAGUCCCACGUGUUCCUCUGCGGCAACCACGACCUCGCUUUUGCGGCGUUCUUGGGGCUUCUGCCGGACCCGCCAGGCGGGUCGGGUUUUCCGGCGACUUGGAAGGAGUACGAGAUGAAUGAGGGGAGAGAAGGAUGGUAUAGGGGCGCAGGGUACGAGAAUAUGCACCUGCAGGGGAGGAGAUGGGCCGGGAGGAUGACCGGAUUCAAUCACGCCAAGAAUACAGAGUAUAAGGGCUCGAUUUACGAUGCCGGCCCGACCUUCGAGUCGUAUGGGGUCCCACAUGGCUCUUCUGAUUUAAUGAAGGCUGUCCCUGAUGAGCACAAGAAGUUUCUUGCUGAUUUGGUUUGGGUACAUGUAGAGGAUGGUGUACCUAUAGAAACCAAAGACGGGUUGCAAAACUGUAGACUGAUUGCCGUGCAUGCCGGUUUGGAGAAAGGUAAAGGGGUUGACGAGCAGCUAAAUUAUCUGAAAGCCAAAGACACGAGCAUCCCAAAGGUAGAACCUCUUAGUGGCAGAAAAAACGUCUGGAAUAUACCACAGGAAUUGGUGAAUACUCCAACUAUCGUGAUAAGUGGUCAUCAUGGGAAGUUGCACAUUGAAGAAUACAGAUUGAUAAUAGAUCUUGGUGGCGGCUUACCGAGUAAUCCGGUGGCUGCAGUUGUGCUCCCGUCAAAGAAAAUGGUGCUAGACACUGAUCGAUUGUGA